UGGUGGAGCGCAGUGGGUGUUGCUGGAGCUGGGUGUGCGGGACUCGCUGGAUCUUCGCCCCUGGGCUGCCGUCGGUCGCUUUCUUUCUCCAGGAAGAAAAAUGGUAUCUGCUGCAGUUGAUCCACAGCCGAGUGUGGUGACUAGGGUUGCCAACCUACCCUUGGUAAGCACCACAUAUGACCUUGUCUCCUCGGCUUACGUCACCACGAAGGAUCAAUAUCCUUACCUGAAGUCUGUGUGUGAGAUUGCAGAGAAGGGUGUGAAGACCAUCACAUCGGUGGCUGUGAUGAGCGCUCUGCCCAUCAUCCAGAAGCUAGAGCCACAAAUUGCUAUUGCCAAUACCUAUGCCUGUAUGGGACUGGACAGGAUUGAGGAGAAACUGCCUAUUCUGAAUCAGCCAACAAAUCAGGUGGUUGCCAACGCCAAAGGUGCUGUGACUGGGGCGAAAGAUGCUGUGACUACAACUGUUACUGGGGCCAAGGAUUCUGUGGCCAGCACGAUCACUGGGGUGAUGGACAAGACCAAGGGAGCAGUGACUGGCAGUGUGGAAAAGACCAAGUCCGUGGUCAACGACAGCAUUAACACAGUCAUGGGGAGUCGGAUGAUGCAGCUGGUGAGCAGUGGGGUAGAAAAUGCGCUCACCACAUCAGAGCUGCUGGUAGACCAGUACCUCCCUCUCACUGAGGAAGAACUAGAAAAAGAAGCAAAAAAAGUUGAAGGAUUUGAUACUGUUCAGAAGCCAAGUUAUUAUAUUAGGCUGGGAUCUCUGUCUACCAAGCUCCGUUCACGUGCCUACCAGCAGGCUCUCAGCAGGGUGAAAGAAACUAAGCAAAAAAGCCAAGAGACCAUUUCUCAACUCCAUUCCACUGUUAAACUGAUUGAAUUUGCCAGGCAGAAUGUGCAUAGUGCCAACCAGAGAAUUCAGAAUGCUCAGGACAAGCUCUAUCUGUCCUGGGUGGAGUGGAAGAGAAGCGUCGGCUAUGAUGAUACCGAUGAGUCCCACUGCGCUGAGCACAUUGAGUCACGUACUCUUGCUAUUGCCCGAAACCUGACUCAGCAGCUGCAGACCACGUGCUCCACUCUCCUGUCCAACAUCCAAGGGUUACCACAAAAUAUCCAAGAUCAGACCAGUCACUUGGGGGUGAUGGCUGGAGACAUCUACUCAGUGUUCCGCAAUGCCGCAUCCUUUAAAGAAGUGUCUGAUGGCUUCCUCACUUCUAGCAAGGGACAGCUGCAGAAAAUGAAAGAGUCUUUAGAUGAUGUGAUGGAUUAUCUUGUUAACAACACACCCCUCAACUGGCUGGUAGGUCCCUUUUAUCCUCAGAUAACAGAGUCUCAGAAAACUCAGGACCGAGGUGCACGGAAGGGCACAACCAGCCAGAAAGCCUACCAACCUGAGCGCAAAACACAUUAAUCUUGACCCUGUCAACCAGUGCAUGGUGCAGCCAGCCAGAUGACACUUUCUGUUAUAUUAAAAUUAACCCACUAGACAACUCUGAAGUGGGGAAACAGCCAGUUAGAAAAAGUUCCCUUCAUUAUAGUCAUUUCAACUGGAUUAAGAUCUUUAAAGUUUCUGGCAUUAGCAGAUGAGCUCUUUUGCUUACCUGGCUGAUAUGAAAAGAAUGAUAGACUGGUCGGAGCCUAGUCAGAGGUCAUAGAAACUUCCGUUACGUUUAUGGUCUCAUUCUGUUGCCACUGUUGCUGUCUGUUUGCAUUGAAUAAAAACACCUUCAUGUGGGCUGUUGUAUGAAGUGGAUCUGCUCCAGUUUGGUCUGAGCAGGCCUCAUCACCAGUUUGUCACAUGCUGCUUCUUACACAACUUUAGGGCUUUUUGUUUUUGUUUUAUUUUGUUUUCUUACAGGAGUGCCCUCUGUGAGUUCAAUAAAAUUCACUACGGAAUAGA